AUGGCCGAUAUCACAAGUCUCGACAACUCUCAUGUCACAAGCCAUGAUGACGACCAAUCGACACGACCAAUUGAGCCGCUCACUGUCGAAGACGAUCCCCAAGACUACGAACUGACAGGCCUCGGCUUGGUCACAGUCAUAUCGGGACUGGUGCUUGCCAUAUUUCUGGUAUCUCUGGACUCUGCAAUCGUCGCGACCGCCGUGCCGUAUGUGACUGCAGAGUUCAAGUCUGCUGGCGAUACAUCUUGGUAUGGAAGUGCAUAUACUCUUGCGACUUGCGCUCUCCAACCAAUUGCUGGCAAAUUGUACGCCAAAUUUNCCCGUCAAGGAAGAGCGAUCGCUGGAGCUGGAGCUGCUGGCUGCACCACUGGCGCCUUCACAAUUGUCGCCAUUUCAGUCCGCCUUCCUAGACGUACCACAUAUCUCAGCGCGCUGCAGUCGACCUUCGGUAUCGGCAUUAUGCUUGGACCACUUCUUGGAGGAGUCCUGACUCAACGCGUUACCUGGAGAUGGUGCUUCUAUAUCAAUCUCCCCAUCGGCGCCAUUACCGUUAUGUUUCUGGUCUUGUUCUUCCAUCCACCAAAGGCAGAUCGAACGAACACUGCUACUCAGACAAUGGCAAGUCUUGAUCUUGUCGGUCUCCUGCUAUUUGCACCAGCCACGAUUAUGAUGCUCCUCGCCCUCCAGUGGGGUGGUUUGGUGUAUGCUUGGGGAAGUGCCACUAUCAUCGGACUCUUUGUCGGUACCGCAAUCCUCACCGUCAUCUUCGCUCUUUGGCAAAUUCGCAAGGGUGAUGAUGCGAUGAUUCCACCAAAGCUGCUCACUCAGCGUGUCGUCUUCUCGGCUUGUUUGACCGAGCUAUUCGCUAUGGGGACCGUCUAUGUGGCUACAUACUACCUUCCUCAGUGGUUCCAGAUUGUCAAAGGUGUAUCUCCAAUCAGGUCCGGGGUCAUGUAUCUACCACUGUCGCUCUCCGAUGUCGCAUCUGCGUUGAUGGUGGGUAUACUUCUUCCUUACGUUGGCCUCACGAACCCUUUCAUUCUGGCUGGCACGAUCUUGCUGGCUGUCGGGUCUGGCUUGCUGUCUACACUCAGCACAUCUUCGGGCAGCCAAUACUGGAUAUCUUACCAAAUACUACCUGGCAUGGGUGCUGGUAUCUCGCUCUGGAUGCCAUAUGUAGCCAUUCAGACCGUUCUGAAACCCGAAGAUAUCCCUAUCGCCACUGCAUUGUUGCAAUUCUUCCAGUCGUUUGGAGCAGCAUUAUUCUUAGCUCUGGCGCAAGCGGUAUUCUCGAGUGUCUUCUAUGCUGCCCUCCAGUCCAAAGAUAUUGUCGGCUUGGAUCUGUCCGCUAUCAUCCAUGCAGCUCCUGCAGAUUUCCGAGCGCUUGUCCCGAAACAAAAUCUUGCGCAAGUAUUGAGCGCCUACAAUCAAGGCGUGACGAGCACAUUCUAUCUUGGAGCUGGCUUGGCUGCAGCUGCUUGUUUCUCAAGCUUUGGAAUACAGUGGAAGAGUUUCAAGCCAAAAAGCGACUGA